ACUCUGGUGAACUGCGGUAUACAAUAAUGUCGGUCGGUUUGAUUUCGCGGGAAAGGCAGGAACUAACGCGGGAGAAAGAUUUAACCAUCUAGAUGUACGUAUUAGUUUAUGGCCUCCCCUUGGCUUCGAAACAAGAAUACGAGUGGUCAUCUGUGCGUGCGGCAAGCACCAACCGUCUGUAAACGUGAUAGUGCAGGCGUGGGUGUUGCAGCAGGCGUUUCUUUAUGAAUAGACAAAUGGUGCUCCCGCUUUGAGUGCAUUGUGAAUCAGUGAGUGUGAAUUUCUCAGUGAAAAGUUGUGCCGGAAUUGAGUAAAAACCUAGUGUUAAAUUAAAUACACCACACGAGAAGCGUUACCUUCCACUCGGUCGAGAAUCGAGCGUAUACAAGUUCGUUAAUCACGCAUGCUAGACGUAGUGGAAGGGGUAACAAAAACACCUGUAUACUAAAUCUAUAGAUACAGCGGUGGAGUCAGUGGAAACAAGAGACACUCGGCAUCUCGUGGAAAUCACGAUGGAGGGAUCUUUAUCACCGGAAGCGUCGUGCUACGUCGCUUAACCGUGAAGAAUCUCUUAUACCGUAUCGGCAUUGUUUUUUAAAAACAGAAAGUUAAAUACACGUGACGAUUGUGCUGUAUCGAGUUAGUGAGCCUGGCCGUUCGUCCGUUUGCCUGGUCGUCUACCUCUUCUAAACCGUCCUGACACAACGUUUAACGGGGGUAUAAAAAGAAUAAACAUGGCGGCGACGCGAGAGAGAUAGACAGAGGAGCGAGAGAAGGGAGCAAGAGAAAGAGAGAGAUAAAGAAAGAGAGAGAGAGAGAGAGAGAGAAGUCAGCCAGCCAGCUAGCCAGCCAGUCAGUGUGCCAGAAGCGACGAACUUCGUUCCGUGUCGUCUUUGUUUCCAUGAGUGAAAAAGAUCUGUCGUUCUUAAACCAUCCACCCAUUUCUGCAUUUAUUCACUCGUGCAUGAGUAAAUCGUCGAGAAUAACAAGUUUGCACGAUUAAUGCCGAGUGAACGUUUCGCUUGUAAACAGUUAUCAAGGUGCGGUCACGUUCAUCGUGUUCGCGGUGUUUGCUUCGAUUUUCAUGCGUGCGGGGUCCACGACCGAGCGUGUUAGAAAUCCACUAACACAUAGUCUGGCAAUAGGGUGGCUCGAGUUUGAGCCUCCUCAGGGUUGACAUGAUAUGUCAUUGCCGAAGAAAUUUCAACGCCGGUGACAACGACCGUGCGACAGUUUAUCGAAUUGAUACGAUGCGAAUAAUUACACGAAGACGCUGGAUCUGGUGAAAAAUCAAAUAACUGCCCGGGAAGACACGAACAAGGUUUCUUCUAUAGUUACGAAUGAUGUGUUGAAUAAAAUAAAAUCGAGAAAUUUUCUACGAGCCGAGUGUGUCGCAUGGAAAUGGUGUUAUCAAUUGGGAAUCUCCGUUGGUCAGUGACGAUGCUUCUACGAAAUCGGUGAAUCUCGUUCGUCGUAAACAUCGAAUAACAGUGUUUAACGUACGAACGGUAGAAUAAAUAUUCUUGAGUGGUUCGUUUGUGGAAGAGGGGGAAAAAAGAAAAAAAGAAGAGAGGAAAUAGUUCGAUGGAGAGAAGUCGUGCAAGUUGGACGGCCCGGUGCCAAUAACCUCCGUGGUUAGGAAGUAGACAGUUUUCGCACGAUGCGUUUGCCCUCGUGCGCGAUACAUUAUAAAAUUAGACGUUCGAAACUUCGCGCGAAGGCAAAAGGAUUACAUUGUUUCCAUGCAGCUACGAAAGUGGAAACAUUGAAUUGCGGUGGUAACGAGGGUAGGGUCAAGCGACGAAGGGAAUUAAUACGAAUCGGAUGAAUAAUUCGAGAAGGGGAGGGGGGAGGGACCUCUCCCUCGUUGAAGACAGCUGUGCACGGUCGGAAGUGACGUCAGACAGUGGGUUCAUAGUUCCUCUUAUUUUUCUCGCUCAGCUUUUCCGCCCGGUUUCGAAGGGUUGACGAGAGCGCCGGACAAGGAAAGACGGGCCUUUUCACGAACGACUCGUUAACCGUCGCCCAGCGAAUCGUCACAAUUUCUAGUCCGCUGUAUUUACACCGAGAACCACGAAUAUUUUUUAGACGUUCAAUUGUAUUUCGAACGCCUGACCGAAAGGAAUAAAACCGUAAGCGUAUCGAUGAUAAGUUAAUUCGAACCAUUCGAAUGCAGACUUAUCGAGCGAGCAUCGAAGACAUAUUGGAUGCGUCUUAGGAGACUUAAUAACUCGGAAGGUGUUCGCUAACGACCCACGUGGGCGGACGAGGCAUUUCGCUCGUGAAAUUUCGACCCUGACGAGAACGAGACUGAAAGUAAAUCGCGUUAAAUGCUUUUUAGUCGAUUUAAUUUAUUGAAAAAAACGAAAGAACGUCGCUGACGAUGUGACGACUCUUCUAAAGGAUCGACCAAAUUUACUAUUAUACAUACAUAUAUAUAUAUAUAUAUAUAUACGUAUACAAUAAAAGCUUGGAACAAUAGAAGAGAUAUCGAGCGAUAGCAAUAAAACAAACUAGCGUGUUAUCAACCUCGAACCAACAUGUUUUUUUAUUGUUCGAACGACAAUACACGGUGACAGGUUGAAAGAUAUAUGAAAAAAAAUUGAAAUAUCGAAGAGAAGAUAUCAAAGGGCGAAUCUGUUGGAUCGUUCGAUGGUUGCCUCUUUCGUCGUUCGACCGAUCGGUCUGUCCGGCAAAAAACACACGCUUUUAAAUCAUCGUCAAAUGGACACAAAUGACUAGCUUAAUUCUAUCGGCGAACACGUACGAGAUGCCCCUGCCAAGACCGAACCUGUACAUACCCUCGAGCGCGAUCUCCACGCAGACGUACAUCACGUCGAGCGACACCAAUCACCUGCCACCGUUAAAGGGUAGCGCGUUAGCCCUGAAGCCGACCGUACGUUCCAACAACAGUCUACUCAGUCUGACUGGUGGUAACUCGGACAGUCUGAACUUGAGCCUCGGCUCACACGCCGCCGGUCACAAUUCCAGUCACAAUUCCGGUCACAAUUCCAUACGUAACACCAGUCAUAACUUGCAUUCGCAGCCGGACGGUCAGUCGGGUAGCGAGACCAAUCACAUGCCACCGUUAAAGGGUAGCGCGUUAGCCCUGAAGCCGAGCUUAAUCAGCUCCAACAACAGUCUCCUCAGUCUGACUGGUGGUAACUCGGACAGUCUGAACUUGAGCCUCGGCUCACACUCCGCCGGUCACAAUUCCAGUAGUCACAAUUCCAGUCACAAUUCCAUACGUAACACCAGUCAUAACUCGCAUUCGCAGCCGGACGGUCAGUCGGGUAGCGCGUUACCGAAGAACGGCCGUCCGAACGGUAGUUCCUGCGGUAGCGCCGGCACCUAUAAACCCAAGACCAUCACCGCCACUCCGGACGCCGUGCUCAAGAUCUACAAGAACAGAUUGACGCCGUACGAGCAUCAGGAGAUCCUCGAUUACCCCCAGAUAUACUUCAUCGGGGCGAACGCGAAGAAGAGGCCUGGCAUAAUCGGUCGACCGAACAACAAUGACUACGACAACGAACACGGUUCCUACAUCCACGUGAAUCACGACCACGUCGCCUACAGGUACGAGGUCCUCAAGGUGAUCGGCAAAGGGGCGUUCGGCCAGGUGGUCAAGGCAUACGACCAUAAGAAACAGGAGCACGUUGCCUUGAAGAUGCUUAGGAACGAGAAGAGGUUCCAUCGUCAGGCGCAGGAGGAGGUGAAGAUACUGAGGAAGCUAAGGGAACAGGACAAGGACGACACGAUGAACAUCAUUCAUAUGUACGACUGGUUCACGUUCCGCAAUCACAUGUGCAUCACCUUCGAACUCCUCAGUAUUAAUCUCUACGAGCUGAUUAAGAAGAACAAGUUCCGUGGAUUCAGCAUGCAGCUGGUCAGGAAGUUCGCCCACUCGUUGCUUCAGUGCCUCGUCGCCCUUUACAAGAACAGGAUCAUUCAUUGCGACAUGAAGCCGGAGAAUAUUCUGUUGAAGCAGCAAGGACGCGCCGGUAUUAAGGUGAUAGACUUUGGUUCGAGUUGCUACGAGAAUCAACGCAUCUACACGUACAUUCAGAGUCGGUUUUACCGGGCGCCGGAGGUGAUCCUGGGCGCAAAAUACGGGAUGCCGAUCGACAUGUGGAGUCUCGGUUGCAUCCUCGCCGAGUUGUUCACCGGUUUCCCGCUUCUGCCAGGUGAAGACGAGGCGGACCAGAUGGCUUGUAUCAUCGAGCUCCUAGGCAUGCCACCGCCGGAGGUACUGGAAUCCGCGAAACGACGCAGGCAGUUCAUCAAUUCGAAGGGUUAUCCUCGAUACUGUACCGUCACCACCACGUCGGACGGUUCGAUCAUCGUGAACGGUAGCAAUUCUAGGAAAGGAAAAGGCCGCGGACCACCGGGUUCGAGGAAGCUGAAGCAAGUGUUGAACUGCGACGAUCCUUAUUUCGUCGACUUCAUACGGUGCUGCCUGAGAUGGGACCCGGAACAAAGGCUGACGCCUAGCAAAGCUUUGAAGCACAUAUGGUUACGUCGAAUGUUGCCAAAGCUUCCGCAGAACACUACUCACGACGCUUUGCCCGCGUUACCAGCCGCGGCUGCUCCGCCACCUCCCUCGACCACCGGGCUAAGAACUUCGGCUACCGGUAGCCGAAGUUCCAGCAAGUCGAACAUCUUGCAAACGAACAACACCGAGAACACGAACAAGGUGAAGCAGUUGAACGAGUUCCUACACACAAUGUGCACGAUAUAUUCGGCCCUGAACCGUACGAACGGAACGGGCCGACCAGCUCAGCCGGUCUCGGCUAAUCAUCAAGCCAGGGUCAGCAGUCAUCCGUCGUUGAACUCGAUCGCCGGUGACGGUGGUAGCAGCGGUGGCGACGGUUGCAGCAGUAGUACCAGCAGCGGACAGCACAGUCAUCAGUUGCAAAGCGUACCGCAUAACAAUGGUUCGCACGGAUCCCACGGAUCCCAUGGAUCUCACGGCUCGCACGGGUCCUCGCACGAUAGUCGCAGCUCCCUUCGUGUACGCGGUGUCGGCCGAGUCGACUGACGUUUAACGAGGACAUCAUCGAACAGCAGGGACGAGUCACCGAAAUACGAGGCCACUCUUUCUCUCCUCUAACGCGUCGAUGAUGUUUCGUUGCUUGUCUCGGAUGUAACAGGUCCUCCUCCUUGUCGAUUCAAGGAUAAUGCUACCUGCCAAACGACACCGUAUGGUGCCUCCUACCUCUGGUAGCGUUCGACUAGGGUUCAGAGAAAGGGUGGUCCCGUAAUCGACCUCCAGGUAUUACUGUGAUCUUUAGUAAAACUGCUGAUGGUGAAGGAACUGUUUAAAACAAUAUGCUCGCGAUACCUCGAAUCAUGUACCUCAUCGCGUUGCUGUCCGAUACGCUUGUCCAGCAUUCAUUUCUCGUAGUCGUCGUCGAUGUUGUUUACUUUUGUACUCGAGUAUUUGUGUGAUAACGUUGUAAGAGCGAUGACACCCUAGUUUACGUUCGUUUCUAUAUGUUCGUAGCGUGGAAGGAAUGCGGGAGGUUAUUUGUGUCCAGGGAAGCGUAGAAGCAAAGAUUUCUGCACCGUCUCGAUGAAUCGAUUUUGUUCCGAGUCAAAGGGUUAUUUCGUCGACGUCUAAGGACGAAGCUUAUUCGAUAUAGCGAGGCCAUUGCUGAGAGCAGCCUUUCACGCGAACAAGAAUCUAAUAAUCAAAGGGCAUGGAGCACAGCCGCCUCGUUGAAUAGAGUCAUCCGGCAGCUUUUUAGGUCAACCGAUUCCUCCGGUAAUGCUAUCAGCUGCGAGCAGAAGGGGAACGUUGAUUUUCAAUCGACGCGAACCGCUGCUUCUUCUUCUCCAUGAUUAAAGGACACUUGGCUUGUCUUUUCACUGAAACGCUACUUUGAAAUCACUAUUACUUUCUUCAGUUUUGCGAAUCCAGGAUUAUCGAGCAUCGAUCUUCAUUCAACUCGAUUCUUUUGUUUCGUGGAAUCUGAAUCUGGAAAAUUAUCUUCAGUCCCUUGUCUCAGUAAUCUUUCUCACCUUUCAAUUUCAUCGUCACUCGAGUAUAAUUUUUAAAUAAUUUAUUCCAUGUACUUUUUAAUUCUUGCCAAUAGCUUUAAUUUAUGAUCUUGCAUUUUUUAAUCCUUCUUUUUGCAUCUGUUAGAAACAUUUAUUCUGCAUUUUUAUACGGUGCAUUUAUUACAAGAAUUUUCACCCUGCCAAUCUCUACAAAAAAUAAUCAAGAAGCAUUUAUUUUGACAAAAAUUCGAUAUUGCGAAUAUUUUAAAACUUCUGAUAAUUUAUGUAACUGAAUUUGUUUUUUUCAUCGAUAGGUAUCGACACUUUGAUAAUUUUUUUAUCACUUCGCGUUUAUUUUCUUAUCUGAAACUCGGCUACUUCGCAUUUCGAAGUAUAAAUAAAUAAACUAAAGAGGCGUGCUCAAAUCCGAGCGUGUAACUUCGACGGCGACCCUGGCACAAGCGAAUUCACGCUAAUUUUAGUUUUUGACUGAACGGAUAAAGGGACGGAACAGCGUUUCGACGUCGACGUUGAAGUUUUAACCGAGAACGUUGGACGAGCAACGAUCAGAAAAAGGGAAGCACGGUUGUAACGCGGGUGAAACGUCUCAAUAUAAUCAAAGAGUGGAAAGAUCAGAUGCUGAAAGAAGAAGAAGAAGGAAAAAAGAAACGGCAAUCAAAGCCAACGAUCAUAAGGGACGAUCCAUGAUGAAGAAACGAAGAGGAAAAAUAAACGAAGGCAGUGAGACGAAGGUUUAUUAUAAAAUCGUGAUACUGAACAAGAUAUCUUGUGAUAUGGAAUUUUAGACGUAUUGGGGUUCAUUUCGAUGAACAUAGAUAAAAAUAUAGAUAUAUUAUAUAUAUGUAUAUGAAGUGCGUAUAUAUAUAUUGUACUGUAAUGUCGUGACGCGCUAAUCAAGAACAAAGAAGAGCGCGAUUAUUAAAUGAACGUGCUUAGUGAGAAGUAGCCAGCUGAAGCAGGAUAAAUAAUGCGUUAAAAAGAAAAGAAAUACAGCGACAAAGGAAGAAGAGAAAAGGUCUCGUGAAACGUUUCACGAUACAAUGUACGAUGAUAUCGUUCACGAUUCCUCCUCCCUCUUUAAUUUUACAUUUAAUUCCUUUUUAUCAUGUGAUUAUAUUAUACGACCGCGUACGAAUCUUAGAAUUGUACAACGGCGAUCGCGAACGUGUGUGUCUGAUUAAUCUCGCGAGAGAACGAACAUUCAUCAUUAUCAUUCUUUUUAUUUCUCUCAUUUUUUUUCCUUUUUUUUUUUAAUUAACACGCGAAGGCACAUUGUCCCCCGCUGGUCGAGAAGAAACGCGAAGGAAAUAAUCUUGGCGUAUUUCAAUUUUUUUCAAUAACGCUUUAAGAAGAUCGAUCGUAAAUACCACUGCCAAUACCUUCCUCUAUAUAAGUUCGGCUCUCGUUUUCUCGUAAGUACAAGCGAUCGCACGUAUUAGUUACGAACCUAGUCCCCCCAGUGAAAUUUCAAUAAUCGUGCUCGUUGCAGAAACAAGGAAAUAGUAUAUUGGCAGAGGGAUUUGAGUUAAGGAAGAAUUUCGUCGUUUACGAUUUGGUAUAGCGAAGCGUUGCUGUCGCUCGUAACAAAUUAGUAUGCUAAUAGAAAUUCGUACCUUAAUAUUUUGGGUCGCGUUGGAAUCGCAAAGCGUCGUUGGAAUAAUUUCUCAGUUGCGAAAAAUUUGCUAUUAGAUAAUUAAUUCGUAAAGCAAUUAAUUUCUAGCUGAGAGAAUUCGUCGCUUUCGAUUCGAUGCGACGAUUAAAACCUUUGUUGCUGAAACAAUUUUCAAUUUAAAAUAAAUUUCAUACUGGAAUCGCGAAAUUUAAUAUUUUUCAAAUUACAAUUAAUUUGCUAUUCAUUUCUCUGCCAAUCUACUCAUUUCCCAUGGCUCGUUCGAAGUGCUUACGCGUGUGACGAUUGUCAGUAAGCACAUCUCACUUAUGCAUACUAGGUACACGUUAAACGUAUACUAUCGCCGCGUUUACCAAUUAACAGAUAGACAAAUUGCUCGAGAGUUUACGUUUGACUUAAUUUCUAAUCACAAUCCUCACUGCUUUACUGUGAUUAACGUUAACUCACGUUCGUUGUCGGUGCAAACUUCGGCUCAAACCUAUCGCGUGUAUAUUUGUCGAUUGAUCUCGAAGAAGAUUGCCCAGAAAAUUAAUUCAGGCUCCUUCUCCUUCUUUUUAUUUUUAUUUUCUUUUUUUUUUUAUGUUUUCUGAAGCAAAACGUGUAUAUAAGUACGAUGUAAGUGAUUAGCUUUUUCUCUCCUUUUCUGUGUCCUUUCUUUUUGUAUUAAUUGCUUUUUACUAUAACGCGUCCCGACGCCCAAUGAAGUUUAAGCGAUGUAGUUGUAGGCUUAUACGAGACAGGAUAUUUCAAGGUCUAGGCUUUAACUCAAGGUAAACGAGGGUGUGUGCCGAUUGUCUGGAAGAUGUACACGGAGAUUUAUCUGAAAGAAAACCUAAGCGAUAUCCACCUUUUUUUUCCUUGUUUCUAUCUUAUCUGUUUCAAAAUAUUGAUAGAUCUGCUGCAUUUCUGUGCAUUUCUUUAUGGAUCUAUGGAUGCAUUGAAGUUUUUUGGAUAUUAACACAUUAAAUACCGUGGGAACCAUCGAUGACCCUCACCAGAAAUUUAAUAUAGACUGAAAUAAAAUUCCAAGUGCAUUAAUAUUAUAUUUAUUUCAUAAGCUGGCAAGUGAAAAAUUCAAAUGAAAUAAUUAUAAUUAUAGCCUAUCGUAGGUCCAUUUUCUCUACGGUAUUUAAUGUCUUAAAUAUUCUGUAUAAAAUACCCCUGAAUCAACCCCCAAAAAAUCAGAACUAAUCCGAGUCAUCGUGAAAGUUUCAAACAUCGUAUCAUCAUAAAUAGAAUGAAUAAUAGAAAGUUCCUUUAGCGAUUUGCAACGAAGUGAGGUAGAUAAGGGAAAAGUACAGUUCGCAGAGGCAUGAAUUUGCGAUGUGCUUUUAUGGCAAAUACAAAUUAGUAAUCGCCUGCAAUUAUAACGAAUUACUAAUCCGGAAUGAGUUUUCUCCUUAUUUCGUUUACUUUCCCACUUUCACCUUUCAAUGCUCUACUUAAUAGUAUAAUUCACUAAUUUAUUUAGUGAGGUUCCCCGCUACAUUUCCAUCCUUUUCAUUUUCUUCUCACCUCUUUCUUUAUCUUAAAAAAGCAUGAUUUAUUAAUAUCCAUGACACCGUAUUAAAUAUCCUUAUUAAACCCCCACUACGUGAUGCGUAUGUAACACGCCUGGUGCAUAACGCGUGUUACAUCAGGGUGCAUUUUAACCCCUUUUCACCCUGAUUACUUUAAGAUGCGUUUAUAUUUUAAAAUAGGACGCGUGGAAUAAUUAGAAGUAAAAAAUGAUUAUUUUCAAAUUUGAGACGUAAGUCGUGGAUGGCACCGAAAGUGCUGAGACUUAAUUUUUGACCAGGUAUACCGAAGGAAAGGGUUAAUCUUGUGGAAGAAUACGGAGAUUUUAUCGGAUCGAUCGACGAGGCGUGCUGGCCCGAAGUUCGUUGAACGCAGCCACCUCGUUCCGUGACCUUCCCUCUUUCAGAUCUUGCCAUUCCGGUGAAUCGAUGCUCUCUCCCCCCUCUCUCUAGAAUCCUUAUCAUUCGUACAGUCAGACACGAAGGAACCUCUUCUCCUUGUCGUCUUAUCCCUCUUCAAACGCGUCCUCGAUGACCCUUCUUCGAGGACCAAUUCCCUUCCGACACACAAGGUGGAUAUUGUUACGGUUCCGAACACACCCGAUACUUAUUUGAGAAAAAGGAAAGAGAUAAUAAUUGUUUAAGAGAAUUAGCGGUAAAUAAUAAUAGAUAAGGAACGAGGAUAAACGAUGUCGAAUGAACAAAAGGAGAGAAAAAAAAAGAAAACGGAAGUCGGGUUAGCUUGUAGAUCCUCGCCCUCCUCUUUUUCGGUUCUUCUCUUUUCCUUGAUUUUUAACCCAGAGACGCGUAUAACAACGUGGCGAAGAAAGGUUGUGCCAAAUUUUAUAAUACUCGUCAAGGUAAUUAGAAAAUGUGGGUCCAAAAAUCAUUCUAUUCUGAGUUAUAAAAAAAAUUGUAUUUUGUGUGAAGGGUGUUCGAUAAAGGUGUGGCAUUAAUUUAAAUUCAAUUUUUAAAUAAAUUCAACAUUUUUCAAUGUUGAAACAAAGCUUUCAGUUAAUAUUAAUAAUACUCAAACAUGGAUCUGGAAGUGUUUUAUUUUCAAUUUAUACAAAAAUUUUUCUAUUUAUUCUGACGAGUACUUCUUUUUAAAUUCCGCACAACCUUUUCCGAACACCCCCGCGUCUCUCACCUUGCAUCUCUCUUCCGUAGGGAACGACCAAUUGAUCGUGCGCCAUAGCGUAUCAUGAAAUUUAUUUCCGAUUUAACGAAGCGUGCAUUUUUAUUCACUGCGAAGGGAAAAAAAGCUGCUGUGUAUUCUAGCGGAUAGAUUCGAUUUUCCAAGAUACAGAAACGAACGAACUUCGGCAAUUUAUUUAGGGGAUAACUUGUGGUCAAAAUUAUUCUUUUUUCAUGCUCGUAAACCGAUCGUUCCUAUUUUUUUUAAUAUAAUGCAGUUCAAUAAAAUCAUAAAAUUUUAAUAACUUCCUGUACGACGUCAAAUUUGAAUUUUUUUAUAUGCACGAACGAAAUCAAUAUUCUUUUUUUCCAAACACGGUAGAAUACACGGUACGCGAGUCCAAUACCGAUUUUCGUACAAACAUGGUUCCAAAUGAAAAAGAAAAAUUAAAAAACACUCGUGCUACCAUUAGAAAUUUCAUAAUCAUCGAAACACCUGUACUACAUUUGUACAAUAAAAAAAAAAAAUACUGAAAUAAUUGUACAAAAUAGACAACCGUUAUCCUGCCCCGAUUUUUAUGGUGUUCGUUUUACGAUAUACGUUUCUGCACACACGCGCGCUUUCUGUACUCGCGAAAUUGUCUUCAGGAAGUGGCCUCUAACAUAUUCUACGUGUAAUUCGUUUUUACCCGGAUCGAAAAAACUUCUCGUUUAAUCGCAGGUGUUUCAUUCGUUCGCGUCGACAGACGCCGCUGCAACGAUGCGAAACGAGCGUAAUUAAUUAUGUCUUUCAUUUUCUAGGAGGAUUACAUUGUCGUAUUCUCGGUUUGUAUGAUACUCGGAAGUCGCAGGAAACCCGUGGCGUUUCUUUUCUCGCAGUCUAAUUUUAAUCGAACGACUCCUAACGAAUAUCUAUCAGCGUCUUGUAUUCAAUUGUGUACCUCGAUUUGUAUAUAAAAAGUAAAAAAAAAAAUGAAAAAGAAAGAAACGAUUUGUUCCUUCAAGUGGAAUGAGUUCAAGCGGCUCAGUUUAGUACCCCUUUUAAUAUAAUUCCUCGAACAGAGUUAUGUGGAUCGGUUGCAGCGGCAGCGAUCAAUCGAAUCAUCCCUCUUGAAUCGCAAGCUUUUUUAUAUUUUUUUUGUAAAAAGUGUGCAUCGUACUCGAUUGUUAUUUCUUCUCUGAUUAUGAUACUUUUUAUGAGUUAAGUUUUAUUAGGCUACAGGUAUUUUGACAAACGAUGAGCAUUGAUAAUAAAUGAUCGUAUGCAGGGUGUUCUGAAGAGCUCUAUACCGUUGGAUAGAUCACGAAAAAUCGAAACGAAAAGUUCUGUAGCAUUUUUCGAUAGGAUCAGUAGUUUAGCCACAUUUCGUAGUUGAAAAUUGACCAAUCACCGCGCAGCUUCAGUGGCUCGACGCGGCAGAGGAGGCGUGUCUUGCCACUGACGCUGCGCGCUGAUUGGUCAAUUUUCAACCACGAAAUGUGGCUAAACUAUUGAUCCCAUCGAAAAAUGCUGCAGAACUUUUCGCUUCGAUUUUCCAUGAUCUAUCCAAUGGUGUACAGCUCUUCAGAUAAUUUAUAUACAAAUUACCUUUGUUCCCUUUGGUAACACCUGAGCCCUUAAUAAUUAAUCAUCCCAGGUCAAUAAUUAAUCAAUUAUAAUUCGAAUCAAAAUGCAUUUAUCCGAAAUAAUCUAGUGAUUUUGCUAAUCGUUUGUCAAUGCACCGGUAGCCGUAAGUUUAAUGCGGUUUCAUCAGCGACAAAACGCAACGUUUGAUCUCUUUACAGGCGCGAAUAUACAUAGACGCGUCGUAUGUAGGUAACGUAAUUGUAAUCGAAUCAUGCUCCCGUUUUCUUGCGUCCAGCGUCACGUAUUAUUUCUCCCUUGUCUUCUUCGUGUUCUCGAGUUUCCUCGAGGAUACAAGAACGAAGAAACGUAUAGAGGGACGCGUCGUUGUACAUCUAGCAAUUCUACGAAUGUACCGUGGAAAAUUAUACGAUUUAGAGCGUUUAUCCGACAGCACUAUGUCGGUCCUCGGAAAGACACAGAAGGAUCUCGUAUGUAAAGCGUUCUUUCGUCAAAGUCAAGGAAACGCGAAAACUGAUUUUUCUAAAGGACUGCUCUGAAAUAAACGCUGCUUACGACAGUUAA